AUGCUCAUUGCAUCGGGCCUAACUCUCGCUGCCCUUGUGGCAUGCGUCUCGGGUGCUCCUCCAACGGAGCGAUCAGGUUGCAAGAGCGCCACCUACGAUUAUAUUGUUGUGGGUGGUGGCACCGCUGGUGUAGCUGUCGCUGCUCGUCUAAGCGAGGGUUUGCCCAACGCCAAGAUCCUAUUGAUCGAAGCCGGGCCUGCCGUCUCGGAUGAGCCCAGAAUCAACAUUCCGGGCAUGAAGGGUUCGACUCUUGGCACCAAGUACGACUGGAACUUCACCACAGUCCCUCAACAGCAUGUGAACAACCGGGUGUUGCCUGUCAACCGUGGUAGGGUUGUCGGCGGCAGCUCCGCGCUGAAUCUCAUGACGUACGAUCGCGCUGCCGUUGCUGAGUAUAACAGCUGGGAAGAACUCGGCAACGAGGGAUGGAACUGGAAGAACAUGAUUGCUGCCAUGAUGAAGUCUGAGACAUUCACCGGUAAGAACACAGACACUUACGGCUCUGCGGGUGUCGGUGACAGCGGCCCUGUCAAGGCUGUGGUCAACCGCGAGAUCCCGGUUCAUCAGGAGAGCUGGAUGCCGACAUUGAACGCCCUCGGGAUCAAGACGAACCUCGAGUCCUUGGGUGGAAACCCCCUUGGCGUCAUGUACCAGCCCAGCAGCAUCGACCCAACCAUCUACAACCGCUCCUACAGUGCAAAUGCCUAUUUGCCCAUCGCCAAGCCAAACCUGCGCGUCUUGUCCGACACGACCGUAGCCAAGGUCAACCUGGUGGCAGCCGGCGGUGGCCAUGUCGCGACUGGUGUGACCCUGGCCAACGGCACUUUCAUUCGCGCCAGGGCAGAGGUUAUCGUGUCCGCUGGCGCUGUUCAAAGCCCUGCCCUGUUAGAGGCAUCCGGUAUCGGCCAGGCACCGGUCCUCGCCGCCGCUGGCAUUGCGCAGUUGAUCGACCUCCCCGGCGUGGGCGAGAACCUCCAGGAUCACCUUCGGAUCAUGACCUCUUAUCAGCUCAAGCCGGAAUUUCUUUCCUUCGACAUCUUGCGGUCAAAUGCCACAUUUGCCGCCGAGCAGCUUGCGCUCUGGAAUGCCCGCAAGAAGUCACUCUACGACUACACCGGCAGCGGCUAUACCUUCACGACCUGGCAGCAGGCCAUCGGCGACCAGUCGAACCUCGUCGCGCUCGCCAAAAAGGCGGCCGGCGAAGACAUCAGCGCCGUCGACAAGAAGAAGAUUGAAUUCCUCAACGACCCUUCCGUCCCGCAGCUCGAGGUCAUCUUUUCGGACGGAUAUACGGGUGUCAAGGGUUACCCGCCGGCAAGUUCGCCUCUCUUCGGCCAGGGCUUCUUCACCCUCAUCGGCGUCGUCAUGCACCCCCUGAGCCGCGGCAGCAUCCACAUCAACCCUGCAAACCCGAGCGGCAAGCCCGUCAUCAACCCCAACUACCUCGGCCACGAGCACGAUAUUGAGGCCGUUGUUCAAACGGCCAAGUACUGCCGCAAGAUCGCCACCACCGAACCCAUGAAGUCCCUCUGGGUCAACGAGUACGAGCCCGGCCUGGACAACGUGCAGACCGACGCCCAGUGGAGAGAUUACGCCCUCAGAACCACUCUCAGCAUCUUCCACCCCAGCGGCACUUGCGCCAUGCUGCCGAAGAAGGACGGUGGUGUUGUUGACGCGAACCUCAAGGUGUAUGGCACCUCGAACCUACGCGUCGUCGAUGCCAGUAUCAUCCCUCUGCUCAUCUCUGCCCACAUCCAAACCGCCGUGUACGGUCUUGCCGAGAUUGCGUCGGAGAAGGUCAUUGCAGAAGCCGCCACGAAAGCGGCCAGGAACGCCGCCAGGAUGGCUUGA